CCUGCAGCCGCUCUUCUCUGGCAGAAACCCCGUAGUGCAGCACAACAGCGCCAUUCGGUAACUGCAAUAUUAUCCAAAAUGGCAGGAGCUGAUGGAGACGACUCUCUCUACCCUAUCGCCGUCCUCAUUGACGAGCUGCGAAACGAGGAUGUUCAGUUACGGCUGAACAGCAUCAAGAAGCUGUCCACUAUUGCUCUGGCCCUCGGUGUUGAGAGGACUCGCACUGAGCUGCUUCCUUUCCUCACAGACACCAUCUACGAUGAAGAUGAGGUGCUCUUGGCCUUGGCUGAGCAGCUUGGCAAUUUCACCAUGUUGGUGGGAGGGCCGGAGUUUGUCCACUGUCUCUUGCCUCCCCUGGAGAGCCUUGCUACAGUUGAGGAGACAGUAGUCAGGGAUAAAGCUGUGGAGUCCCUGCGGAAGAUCUCUCAGGAGCACUCUCCAGUUGAUCUGGAGGUCCAUUUUGAGCCUUUGGUCAAGCGGCUGGCCAGCGGUGACUGGUUCACUUCUCGCACGUCUGCCUGCGGCCUCUUUAGUGUUUGUUAUCCCCGUGUUUCCAGCACUGUCAAGGCUGAGAUCCGCCAGCAUUUCCGCACCUUGUGCUCAGAUGACACUCCUAUGGUGCGUCGUGCUGCAGCAUCUAAACUGGGGGAGUUUGCCAAAGUCUUGGAGCUGGAUUAUGUAAAAAGUGACAUAAUUUCCCUCUUCACUGCUCUGGCUUCUGAUGAGCAGGACUCAGUGCGGCUGCUUGCAGUGGAGGCCUGUGUCAGCAUUGCCACUCUGCUGCCCCAGGAGGACCUGGAGACACUGGUGAUGCCAACCCUGCGCCAGGCUGCAGAAGACAAAUCCUGGAGGGUCCGCUAUAUGGUGGCUGACAAGUUCUCUGAGCUCCAGAAAGCGGUGGGGCCAGAGAUCACCAAAAACGAUCUGGUCCCGGCCUUCCAGAAUCUUCUGAAGGACUGUGAAGCUGAGGUCCGCGCUGCUGCAGCCAACAAAGUCAAAGAAUUCUGUGAGAACCUCCCAGAGGACAGUCGUGAGCAAAUCAUCAUGACUCACAUUCUGCCCUGCGUCAAGGAACUUGUUUCGGACACCAACCAGCAUGUGAAGUCAGCCCUGGCCUCAGUCAUUAUGGGCCUUUCAACCAUCCUGGGCAAGGACAACACAAUAGAGCACUUGCUGCCUCUCUUCCUGGCUCAGCUCAAGGACGAGUGCCCCGAGGUGCGUCUCAACAUCAUCUCCAACCUAGACUGUGUGAACGAGGUGAUUGGCAUCCGUCAGCUCUCCCAGUCUCUGCUGCCAGCCAUUGUGGAGCUGGCAGAGGAUGCGAAGUGGAGGGUCCGCCUCGCCAUCAUAGAGUACAUGCCCCUGUUGGCAGGACAGCUGGGAGUGGAAUUCUUUGACGAGAAACUCAACACCCUCUGUAUGGCCUGGCUUAUUGACCACGUGUAUGCCAUCCGUGAGGCUGCCACCUGUAACCUGAUGAAGCUGGUGGAGAAGUUUGGAGCUGAGUGGGCUCAGAACACCAUCGUGCCCAAAGUUCUGGGCAUGGCCAACGACCCCAAUUACCUCCAUAGGAUGACUACUCUAUUCUGCAUUAAUGCUUUGUCAGAGGCUUGUGGCCAGGACAUCACCACUAAGCAGAUGCUACCAGUGGUCCUCAAGAUGUCCAAUGACCAGGUGGCCAACGUACGCUUCAAUGUGGCCAAGUCCCUUCAGAAGAUCGGCCCUGUCCUUGACAGCAAUGCCCUUCAAACAGAAGUGAAGCCAGUGCUGGAGAAGCUGGCCACAGACACAGAUAUGGAUGUCAAGUACUUUGCCCAGGAGGCCAUCAGUGUUCUGGCUCUAGCAUAAAACCAACCCAACAUGGCUAAACCAGACAACCACCCGAAACAACAACGCAAACACUUUUACAAGAUAUUUAUUGAUGUGCAGGAACAACUGGUUAAUGUAUAGAGAAAGCUGUUAACAAUUGUUUUAUCCUUUUUUCUUCUUAUCCUUUUGUUUACUGUCCAAUGGUAGACCAUGUCCAGUCAUAGCACAGACUUCUUCGUUAACCUUCCUCUUUGCUGUAAAUGGGUGCUUUUAACAAAGGCAAAGUGAUGAAUUUGCAUUAAGUGGUGCAUGCUGACUAAUGUGCUACUGUACUAGCUAGGCAUCGCUAACCAGAACCCCUCUCACAUUCCUCCCUUUUCCAUCCAUGGCCACUGUUGUACUUUAGCCACAGUCGUUGCAGCGUACCAUGUCUAUGUUCGCUACCAAGCACCGAGGGUCACGCUAGCUCUCUAACUUUGAGCAGCAGAUGGUUCAACGAGCUGUUUAUUUUGCAGAGCUUCCUCCCGAAUCUGCCCUCUGAUAGCUCUCUUUUCCCUGAGACACUGGUGUGGCUCUCCAGAGAAGUGAUUGAAAGCUCUGUGCAGGUCUAUAGUAGGCGGUCGUAUUUUUUUUUAUUUUUUUCCCACCAGACAAAACCUGCUGUGUCUCCUAAAUGCUAAACGGGAUUGUUCUGUACAAAGCUUUGACAAAGAAAUAAUGUGGUGUCCAUUACUGCAUGUAAUCUGAUGAACCUGCUCAGUGAUUGCAUGUACAAGUCAAUCUCAAAUAGUGUCCUUUCCCAACUCUAUAUACCAGACUCCCCUGCCCUUCUGCACUGUUCUCUGCAGCAACACACAUUGUGUUGGUCUAAUAAAGGAAUUACCUCAGCCCGUCGUAACGGGGACCAGCUCGGUCGUAAAAGUGUUGCUCAUAAUUAUCCCUCCUCCAAAUCCUCGCUGACUUUGUUGAUGUGCUUGGGUGGGAAGCUGUAGUCAGGUGUGAUUUUCUGCAAUAUGUUCUCGGCAUUGCUCUUAAUCUUCGUGCCAAUGACUUUGAUAAGCAGUGGUGUUUUUCUUUUUAGUAUGCGUGGGUAAACAGUUUUCACCUGUCCUGUUCCGUAAAGAGACACCGUUCUGUUCUGUAAGGGACACUUUAUUCCUCGGACUUUAAUGGGAUGUUAUAACUAAAUUGACAACAGCUGCAAGGGCCGUGAGAUAAAAAAAACAAAAACCCAUGGCACUCCUUGUGUCCUAGAGCCACCCAGUUUUCUCAGAAAUCCCUGCAAAGUCCUCCACUGUACAUGAGAUUUAAAAGCAUACGGUCAGCAAACACGCGAUUUGGCAACCUGUGGGUUCUUGCUUACAAACAUCUACACGAUGGAGAACGAGUGCAUGCUUUCGAAGAAAGUGGGAUGGGGGACGUGGAGCGUGUGUACGUUAGGCUGCAAAAUGUUUUAUUAUGGGGUGGGAGCUGGGGUGGUUAUGGGCGGGUUGAAUAAAUGUAUCGUCUGUGUUGAUAAAAGAAACUUUUGUCUUUCCCUGAACUACUCCCACUGUCCCCUUCUCCUCCCCUCUCAUUUUGUUCUCUUGAAUAAACCUUGAUUGUUGAUUGUCCUGUAUCACGAAGACUGCUUUUUAUUUUUAUUUUGAAUUCUCUUCAUAAUUGGGAUGCUGUACUACUGUAUCUUGAUCUGAAUAAAGUAACACAAAGGAACCAG